UUUUUUUCAGUUCAGGACCGCCUCACCCCACCUGAUUAUUUGGUUGGCCAGCGCCCCCGUCGUACGUCAUUUACCCGCGCCACCCGGAAGCCACGGUUCUUACUAACAGUUCUUUUUGCCGGCGGCUCUCAGGAGCCCAUCAUGGCGACGCCCCCUAAACGGCGGGCGGUGGAGGCAACGGCGGAGAAAGUGCUGCGCUAUGAGGCUUUCAUCUCUGACGUGCUGCAGCGGGACUUGCAAAAGGUCCUGGACCAUCGUGACAAGGUAUAUGAGCAGCUGGCCAAAUACCUUCAACUGAGAAAUGUCAUUGAGCGACUCCAGGAAGCUAAUCACUCGGAGUUAUAUAUGCAGGUGGAUUUGGGCUGUAACUUCUUCGUUGACACAGUGGUCCCAGACACUUCACGAAUCUAUGUGGCCCUUGGAUAUGGUUUUUUCCUGGAGUUGACACUGGCAGAAGCUCUCAAGUUCAUUGAUCGUAAGAGCAGUCUCCUCACAGAGCUCAGCGACAACCUCACCAAGGACUCCAUGAAUAUCAAGGCCCAUAUCCACAUGUUGCUAGAGGGGCUUAGAGAGCUACAAGGUCUGCAGAAUUUCCCAGAGACUCAGCACUGACUUCUUCCUACCUCCCCUGACAUUAAAGAGCCUGAAUGUCUUUGA